AUGGGUCAAUUACUUAGUUUUAUCAAUGGAAAUGAUCACACUGAACAAAUUUUCAUAGAUUUCGAACAUGCUCAACCAUCAGACGACGAAAGAGAACUUCAUAAAACAGUUAAUGAAGUUUUAAUUAGAGGUCCAGCUAUCAUCGAUAAACUUUUAGCCUAUGCAGGUUGUAAUGAAUUCAUUAGAAGAGCAAUUACCAAUCCAGGUCCAGAAACUGAAGAUGCUGCAUGGGAAGCUGUACUCCCAUCAGUUGAUCAACUCCAAGAAUUCUACGAUUUCUCUUUAGAAUUGGAAACUUGUUUCCCAAAACUUUUAGUUGCUCUUUGUAAAAACGAUCCAAAAGCAUCUUUAUCAAACCAACAAGCCCUCGCUAAGCAACUUGCCGAUAUCUUUGAUUUUGUUUUGAAAUUCGAUGACGCAAAGAUGGUUAACCCAGCAAUUCAAAACGAUUUCUCAUAUUAUCGUCGUACUCUUAACAGAAUGAAAUUAACCAAAAAGGAUGCAAACAUUAAAAUUCGUGAUGAAUUAGCAAAUAGAAUGUCAUUAUUCUUUGCUUAUCCAACUCCAAUGAUGAAAGUUCUUUCCGAAACUACUGUUAAAUUCCUUUCACAAGAUACAACUGUACCAAGAGAUAAUGUUACUACCGCUUUAGCAACAAUGGCAAAUGUUUGUCACGAUAUGGUUGAGAAAAAGAAAUUCACACAAGAUGAUCUCAAUAUGUUUUGUUUAAGAGCUAUGGUUGGUUCAAUUAUUUUAUUCGAUCAUAUUCACCCACAAGGUGCUUUUGUAAAGAAAUCUCCAGUUAAUAUUAAACCAUGCAUUGUUACACUUAAAGAUUCCAAUACUCAAUCAUCCCCAGGUUUAUUAAAUGCUUUAAGAUUUACAACUAUCCAUUUAAACGACGUAGAUACACCAGGUGCCAUUAAACAAUUGUUAUUACUUGAUUAA